CAGCCACCAUGCCUGCCCUCAGGCCUCUCGUGAAGCCUAAGAUCGUCAAGAAGAGAACCAAGAAGUUCAUCCGGCACCAGUCCGACCGCUAUGUCAAGAUCAAGCGCAACUGGCGCAAACCCAGAGGCAUCGACAACAGAGUGCGCCGGCGCUUCAAGGGGCAGAUCCUGAUGCCCAACAUUGGCUAUGGCAGCAAUAAGAAGACAAAACACAUGCUGCCCACAGGCUUCAGAAAGUUCCUGGUCCACAAUGUGAAAGAGCUGGAAGUGCUGAUGAUGAGCAACAAGUCGUACUGUGCAGAGAUUGCCCACAACGUGUCCUCGAAGAACAGGAAGGUCAUUGUGGAGAGAGCCGCACAGCUCGCCAUCAAGAUCACCAACCCCAACGCCAGACUGCGCAGCGAGGAGAACGAGUAGCAGCCUCUGCAGCACAGGUGUAUUUAAUAAAGUGUCAGUCCAA